UUUAAUGAACCAAUUCAUACGUUAUUAAGCAUUGGGGAAGAAUCGUUCAUUAUUUUUAAGAACGGAAACAUCUUUCCUUUAACACAAUGCAUUAAUGAACGUAAACAAUUAAAAUUUGAAAAGAUUUUUAAGGAGAACGAAGAAAUCGUGGAUGUUUUACAAAUACAAAGUGAAAAUGAAGUUUUCUUCGGAUUAAUUGUCAAUAAUGAUAAUAAAAAAAUUCUUUAUUUAAUGGUUAUUUCGAACGGAGUUCAACAUCUUUUAAAACAGAUUGAAUUAAAACGAGAUAAUGUUGAGUUAUCGGGAUACACUUUGUGUCGUUUGCAUGAUAAAUCCAUAAAUUUCUUAUCGUUUUGGUCCGACAACAAACUUUAUUCAUUACAAAUUAAUAAUAGCAAAAAAGAAAGUUGUAAUCUCGGUGAUAUCUUUGCAACAAUUGAAUCGAUUUCUUCGUCUCACUUUGCAGCUUUAACACCGAUAAGUAACGACAACAUAGCGAUUUAUGGGGCUGAUCGAAAUCAAGAAGGGGCGAAAUUAAUUAUUUACAACACUCAGUAUAAAGUGGGUCAAUCGAUGUUGUCAUUUAAAUUGUUUUCGAAAGCCAAAAAAAUUUGGUGUAUUGAAAACUAUUUGUUUAUGUGUUCAGGCCAACAUUUAGCAGUUGUUCCUUUCUUUAUAAACACGGAGCAUUUAUCCGCGUUAGUCGGAAGUCACAAGAUUGAUUUAACCGAUACCGAUCUCCAACAAAGCGUGAUAAUUGCAAAUUUAGAAAACGAAAAGGAAGUUCAAGUUAAUUAUAAAAUUCCUAAGAGGAUUAAAAAGAAAGUUAAAGAAUUAUUCGUUCAAGGACUUUCCGAAGUUGACAUUUCAAAUCAUCUAAUUCCUUUGUAUAUGGAAAACGACGAAAUUGAAUGUUUAAAGGAAUGUUUAGGUUACUUCAAAGAUUUAAGCGAAAAAUGUCUUGUUACCUUAUUAAUUUAUUUUAUUCAAAAAGAACUAAAAGAAAAAAAUGAAUUUAAUAAUUCACCUAAUUUUAAAUUAAUUGAUAUCAUUUUAUCAACUCCAAUUAGUGAAGUUUUAAUUAUGCCGUAUUUAAAACGAGAAUUUGACAUCGCAACCACUUUAUAUCUCAUCCAAUAUAUUUCUCAUUUACUAUCUCAAGAUGGACACAACUUGCCGAAAUUGGACGAAAUGGAAACCGAAAAAAGAUUAAUUGAAUGGGGAAGCAUGUUGUUAGACGCAAAUUAUCAAAAAUUUCUUUUAACCGAAGACCCAAAUGUUAAAAUCGUAUUGAGCGAUUUCAACGAAAUCGUUAAAGAUUACUCGGAAAGUCUUAAAACGAUUCGAAGUGUGGUUCCUUUAUGUGAAAAUAUCGUUAAGAAACGUAUUCCAAGUUGUAUGAAUCAACCAAAUUUGAUGUAUUGUAUAAAAGAAAUAAAGUUGAGUUAAGGAAUUAA